CCGGUCUACUGUCGGAACGCUUGAUGCCGAACCGUUUCCUGCUUCUCUGUCGGUCCAUCUGAGCAGCUCCAGCAGAGGUUCGCGGAGCAGAGCCGGGCCCAUUCGGACCGGAGCCGAACCGAACCCGAACAUGGCGAAGAGCUACGACUACCUGUUCAAACUGCUGCUGAUUGGAGACAGCGGCGUGGGCAAAACCUGUCUGCUGUUCCGCUUCAGCGAGGACGCGUUCAACACCACCUUCAUCUCCACCAUCGGAAUCGAUUUUAAAAUUCGGACCGUGGAGCUGGACGGAAAGAAGAUCAAACUGCAGAUCUGGGACACAGCGGGUCAGGAGCGCUUCCGGACCAUCACCACAGCCUACUACCGAGGCGCCAUGGGCAUCAUGCUGGUGUACGACAUCACCAACGAGAAAUCCUUCGACAACAUCCGGAACUGGAUACGCAACAUCGAGGAGCACGCGUCGGCGGAUGUGGAGAAGAUGAUCCUGGGAAACAAGUGCGACAUGAACGACAAGAGGCAGGUCUCCAAAGAGAGAGGAGAGAAGCUCGCCAUCGACUACGGGAUCAAGUUCCUGGAAACCAGCGCCAAGUCCAGCAUCAAUGUGGAGGAGGGCUUCCUGACCCUCGCCAGAGACAUCAUGAGCCGCCUCAACAGGAAGAUGAACGACGGGGGUCCAGCAGGUGGAGGUGGCCAGGUGAAGAUCUCAGAUCCGCUCUCUAAGAAGAGCGUGUUCAGGUGUUCACUGCUGUAGGCGGAGCCUCCAGCUGCCGACCAAUCACCUGCAGAGGCUCGCUGCAGUAGGCGGAGCCUCCUGACCAACUGUGGCUCCUCCUCCUUCCAGGUUAUGAUGGCGGCUGCCUUGAAACGUGAAAACAAUCGGCAAUGUUUUUGUCUGUAGGAUGGAGGCGGGGCUUAUGUAGGGGCGGAGCUUACAUGUACAGACACACUUAAAGGGACAGUCCGUGUUUUUCCUGAUUGGUCAUCUGAGCGCGCUCAGUUUCAUCUGAAAUCGUUGCUUCCUGACUGCUUGGCAGUCCUCCAGCGCCUCGCUCUAAGAAGAGCAUGUUUACAUGGAAAAGUUAGUACACCUUUACUAGACGUUCACAUAUAGAUGUUUAAUUUUUCAUAUUUAUCUCCAGAAUUUAAAGUGAUUUUGUCCAAAUAAACACAGGAACUAAUCAGUAGAUCAACCAAAAUGUUCUCUAACUCGGGGAAAAGUUAGCACACCCUAACAUCUAGUCUGUCUGGAUGAAAUCCCUUCAGGAGAAGCUUCCUGUCUCCAUCUCAGGGACGCUGUCCCGGCAUCACUUCCUGUCGCCCCACAGCAUCUGCAAGAGCUCAGUAUCUGGGCUUUGACUAGGCCGAGGAGUUUCGUCCAGCUCCUUGUGUUCCUGAAACCAGAUGUUUUUGCUCUGACUGUUCAAACUGAGCGCGCUCAAACACUGAUGGACAAAGUGUGAACUGUCCCUUUAAAGCCGUCUCCAGGAAGGUCAGCUAGGGGUCAGCAGGGCGGCCAUGUUUGAUUUAAAAAUGCCAGCUGUGAACAAGAAGGUUUCAUUUCAACCCAGCUUCGGUUUGUUUUCAUGCUUUUAUUUUGAAGUUUUCUGCUCUAACAGUUGUCUCAGGACAGGAAGUCCUGCAGUUUUCAGUGAAACAGGAAAUGUUUCAGCUUCCUGUGGAGAAUCAGUUUUACAUGAGGAGGUUCUGACCCGUCAGCUGGUCUGAGGUCAGCAGAACCCAACCGGAACCGGCUAUGCAACUGAUCCGGAGAACCCGGCUGUCUCCAGAGUUCCUCUUGAGUUUAUUUUUCUACCUGACUUUCAGAAUAAAAGCCUCUAACUGUAUUGUAACAUGAAGGAUUUUAUAAAUAAACUUGUUUUAUAUUGGA